AUGCUUGGUUCAUGCCGUCCAGUACCUAAAGGUGAUAAAACAAUUGCUUUCUGGCUAAUGGAUAAAGAAAUAUAUACUAAUAUGUCCGAUUUGACUCCUCUCCCUCCAAUUAUUGAUCAUGGAAUGGCAUCACAUAAGAUUAUCAGACUGUUAUUAACACUUGGACUUGGAGGUAAAGAAUAUCUUAAUUUUGAAGACAAUAAAUUGGGCAUUUAG